AUGCCCGGCGUCGUCAUCGCCAUGGGCCGCGUCAACCGCCCCAGCAUCAUGGUCUACGGCGGCACCAUCAAGCCCGGCUGCACAAAGGCCGGCGACUCCAUCGACAUCGUCUCCGCCUUCCAGGCCUACGGCCAGUACAUCUCGGGCGAGAUCACCGAGGAGCAGCGCUACGACAUCAUCCGCCACGCGUGCCCCGGCAGCGGCGCCUGCGGCGGCAUGUACACGGCCAACACCAUGGCCACGGCCAUCGAGACCAUGGGCCUGACCCUGCCCGGCAGCAGCAGCAGCCCCGCCGAGGACCCGAGGAAGAAGGCCGAGUGCGAGAGCGUCGGCGCCGCCAUCCGGAACCUGCUCAAGGAGGACAUCCGGCCGCGCGACAUCCUGACCCGCCAGGCCUUUGAGAACGCCAUGAUCGUCACCACCAUUCUGGGAGGCAGCACUAACGCCGUCCUGCACCUGAUCGCCAUUGCCGACGCCGUCGGCGUCAAGCUCACCAUUGACGACUUCCAGGCCGUCUCUGACCGCAUCCCCUUCCUCGCCGAUCUCAAGCCGUCCGGCAAGUACGUCAUGGCCGACAUGCACCAGAUCGGCGGCACCCCGGGCCUGCUCAAGUACCUCCUCAAGGAGGGCCUUAUCGACGGCUCCGGCAUCACCGUCACCGGCAAGACCAUGAAGGAAAACGUCGCGAGCGCCCCGGACUUCCCCGCCGACCAGGACAUCAUCCGCCCGCUCACCAACCCCAUCAAGCCCACCGGCCACAUCCAGAUCAUGCGCGGCUCCCUCGCCCCGGGAGGCUGCGUCGGCAAGAUCACCGGCAAGGAGGGCCUCCGCUUCGUCGGCAAGGCCCGCUGCUACGACGCCGAGUCCGACUUCAUCGACAGCCUGGAGAAGGGCGAGAUCAAAAAGGGCGAGAAGACGGUCGUCAUCAUCCGCUACGACGGCCCCAAGGGCGGGCCCGGCAUGCCCGAGAUGCUCAAGCCCUCGUCCGCCAUCAUGGGCGCCGGGCUGGGCAAGGACGUCGCGCUGUUGACUGACGGCCGGUUCUCGGGCGGCUCGCACGGCUUCAUCAUCGGGCACAUUGUCCCCGAGGCCAUGGAGGGCGGACCCAUUGCACUCGUCCAGGACGGCGACGAAAUCACCAUUGACGCCGAGAAGCGCAUCAUCGAUCUUGAAAUUUCUAAGGAGGAGAUGGAGAAGCGGAGGAAGGC